GGUCAGCGGCGCGGCGGGAGCGGCGGGCGGGAGGGCGGCGGAGGGCUCUGGAGCGGGGGCUGCAGCGCUGACAUGGCUGCCAAGGUGUUCGAGAGCAUCGGGAAGCUCGGCCUGGGCUUGGCCGUGGCAGGAGGAGUCGUCAACUCCGCCCUCUACAACGUGGACGCGGGGCACAGGGCUGUGAUCUUCGACCGCUUCCGGGGCGUGCAGGACGUGGUGGUGGGCGAGGGCACCCACUUCCUGAUCCCCUGGGUGCAGAAACCCAUCAUCUUCGACUGCCGCUCGCGGCCCCGCAACGUGCCCGUCAUCACGGGCAGCAAAGACCUGCAGAACGUGAACAUCACGCUGCGGAUCCUGUUCCGGCCGGUGACGGCGCAGCUGCCGCGCAUCUUCACCAGCAUCGGCGAGGACUACGACGAGCGCGUGCUGCCCUCCAUCACCACCGAGAUCCUCAAGUCCGUGGUGGCGCGCUUUGACGCAGGCGAGCUGAUCACGCAGCGGGAGCUCGUGUCCCGGCAGGUCAGCGAGGACCUCACGGAGCGCGCGGCCACCUUCGGCCUCAUCCUGGACGACGUGUCCCUGACCCACCUGACCUUUGGCAAGGAGUUCACGGAGGCGGUGGAGAUGAAGCAGGUGGCGCAGCAGGAGGCCGAGCGCGCCCGGUUCAUCGUGGAGAAGGCCGAGCAGCAGAAGAAGGCAGCUGUGAUCUCUGCCGAGGGCGACUCCAAGGCCGCAGAGCUGAUUGCCAACUCGCUGGCCACGGCGGGGGACGGGCUGAUCGAGCUGCGCAAGCUGGAGGCGGCCGAGGACAUCGCGUACCAGCUCUCGCGCUCGCGCAACAUCACCUACCUGCCCUCGGGACAGUCCGUGCUGCUGCAGCUGCCCCAGUGAGGCAGCCUGCCCGCCCGGCCGGGGAAACACAGAAACAAAUCACUGCGACUUCCUCGCGGAGGAAACGGAAAUUUGGAAAUUGGAGGGAUUUUUUGGGGGGUUUUUUUGGAUGGGUAAUCAAAUAAAAGUGAACGCUCGCGA